UUCCAGUCUGCGACGGACAAAGACUUCACUCUGUUCCCUCGCGUUUGAUUUCUCAAUUUGAUGCACAUGCACAACAGGCAUUUUGUACUCGAGGUACUAUGUAUAUACACGCCACUACAAUGUGUCUCGAUUCGCGGGUUUAGGAUCGCUUCGUUCUCUUUUUCAAUGAACUCGCCCGCGGUGCCAUCGGCGUUAGUUGUCCCUCAUUCAAUCGUCCCUUUUCCGUUGCCGAGCUUUCCGCGUGCUUCUACCGGCAUUUCUUCCCCUUCCUAACCUAUUGUCAUCGUAAAAAUCCGGUUUUGUUUGAAGAACGAGAAAACGGGACUCGGUGUCGUUCUGCGAGAUUUUCCUUCUAUGGUUAGGUAUAUCGCGCAAUAUAUUCUUUUAAAUUUCCUUUUGCCGAGAUUCUUGAAUUAUCGAAUUUCCAAAUUCACGAAUUUUCAAAUUGUAAAGGUUACCUUCGGGUUCCCGCCCAAUAGCGCCCGAAUUUUUCCGAUCUCGACCCGAAGUUCGGGUACCCGACGUAUCGGUCUACCCGCGCGUCCAUACUUCUUAAGAAUUCUCUGACUUGCGUCAGACGGCAAAUAUAGGUAAACAAUUUGCAUCUCGACAAUGGUAAUUCGUUUGAACUUUUCCGUCAGAUCACUGGUGGACGUGAUCAAGCGUGGAACUAUUAAAAAUCGAGAAUGUGUCGUUAUAAUGAAUCAAUAAGGGCUCAUGAUCGCGGCUGCAUGAUCGUUCAUUGUAAAUUGCCAAUUUCCUCAUGGAGAAGCGUGUAUACCACUCUGUGUACUUGCUUCAUGCCGCUACCUUUUAAUAGGAUUUACCAGUGUGAUGCGGCAACUUGUAAAAUCCACUUUGAUGAGAAUCUAUCUGGUUUGAAUUUAAUUCCAUCGACUAUCCAAUGACUGUGCUUCGGAAUGAAUGAAAGGGUUCGAAGGAUGUAUAGAUUGAAAAUGGUUGCUUGAUACGUCAACUAGUUUCAAGUGGACUGGAACAUACAGGGUGUUUCAAAUUAACAUAUUAUUAAAUAUGAAUGGAAUUCUUGAGGAAUUAAAAUGGCGUCUCUAUAUUAGCAUCCACUGAAGUUACUGCUAUUUCUCUCUCUAUUGGAUCUCAAGAUUUCAAUCUCUCAGAAACUUAUGUUACAUGUAAAUCACGAUGAUAAUGCAACACUAAGGAACACUUUGAAACGAACGUACAUCAGGGAUCGGUGCAAAGGAGAAUACAUUAAACGCUUCGGGGAACAGCGACCGGUACGAACGAAAGGAGACUGGAAAUUCGUAUCUACAAAGGCUUGAAACCACACGACCAUCAAGUUCCUUCCUAAUACGAGGCUGAACAAAAUUACCCGAGUAUCAAAAAGGAAGAAACGAAAGCCAUCCGCGCUAUCAAAGACACGAUCCUUUGGGUCGCGAAGGAACAUCCGUUGGAUGAACAGGGAUCUCCCGCGCCGUCGUUCAAAGUGGAGAAGUGAAAGGCUGCGCUAAGGUGCAUACGAGGUGUCGUGAAUCCGCGGAACACACGUGACAUUUUUACGAUGGCACGCUAAAGCGGCCUGGGAUCUGCUGAUCGUUAGCGGCACGAUCUCUGUUGGUAUUUAAAGAGAGAUUCGCAGGAGAGCCCAACAACGCGUCGCACGCGAUUACGACUGGUUUUAAUGUAAACGCGGCGUACUCUGGCCCCAUCACGCUAUUCUGAAUGCUUCGUUCCGCGCGACUAACCGACUGCUGCAUCCCCAUGCACCUUCUUCCAAUACGUUUCUUGUCCGUGAGGAAAGAAUUACGACGUGGAUGCACCGCAUUGUAAACGAUCAAACCUCGGUACGGAAGAAUCUGUGUAUCGAGGCAAGUGCGCGACGACCAGGUACGUCAUCGUUGCGGGACACGUUGAAGAGGUCAACGAACUCGAGUCGACUCGAUAAGGUGGUUAAACGAAACGGACGUUCUUGAACGUGGAACUCGAGUCGACUCGAUCAGCGACGUCCUUACCGUUGUCCUUGGACUGAUCGGUCCUGGGGCUGCAGAUGGGAGCAGGUCUGCCGGUGCCCGACAGGGUGAUCAACCCCGGAAAACAAUACCACCCGUCCGGACUUCCGCUCGUCACGUGCCCUCUUUCCCUUCUUGCUCGUCGCCCGCCAGGCUUCUCGCUCUCCGUUCGGCCGCGUAAACUCGAUCAAGCUGGAAUUGAUGGAGUUGGAGAAUAUCGUGGCGAACACUGUAUACCUCAAAGCGAGAGAAGGCGGUGGUGACAGCAACAAGGGAAAGAGUAAGAAAUGGCGGAAGAUACUCCAAUUUCCACAUAUCUCCCAAUGCAUUGGCCUAAAAGAUAAGCUAGAUAUCAGGUACGGCUAUGUGGUGGAUCAGCAGCCAAUCGGACGUCUGUUGUUCCGGCAAUUUUGCCAGGACAAGAAACCGGCCUACCAUCGGUACAAUCUCUUCUUGGACGCCAUCGAGAAGUACGAGAUCGAGAUGGACGAAAAUCGGAUCGAAUUGGCGAAGGAUCUGUUCGAGCAGUACCUGAAGAGCGAAGGUUCGGAGGUCGUGGACAUUCUGAACGAUUCUUUGAUCGCUCAGUGCGAGGAGAGGCUCAGCACCGGAGGGAAGGAGCUGUUCGUCGAAAUCGCGCAGACCGUGAAGAACUUCCUGGCCGGCGAGCCUUUUUCAGCUUUCCAAACUAGUUUCUAUUUCUAUAGGUACCUGCAGUGGAAAUGGCUGGAAGCACAACCGGUCACCUACAAGACCUUCCGCAUGUACAGGGUGCUCGGUAAGGGUGGUUUCGGCGAGGUCUGCGCUUGUCAGGUACGAGCGACGGGCAAAAUGUACGCGUGCAAGAAACUGGAAAAGAAGAGAAUCAAGAAACGGAAAGGAGAAGCGAUGGUAUUGAUCGAGAAGAACAUCCUGCAGAAGAUCAAUUCGAAGUUCGUGGUCUCGUUGGCCUAUGCUUAUGAAACGAAGGACGCGUUAUGUUUGGUAUUGACCAUCAUGAACGGCGGUGAUCUGAAGUUCCACAUCUACAACAUGGGCGGAGAGCCUGGCUUCGACAUUAACCGGGCCAGGUUCUACGCGGCCGAAGUGGUCUGCGGUCUGGAACAUCUGCAUCUUCAGGGGAUCGUGUACAGAGACUGUAAACCGGAGAACAUUCUUCUGGACGAUCACGGCCACGUGAGGAUCUCCGACCUUGGCCUGGCCGUUGAGAUCACCGAGGGAGACAUGGUGAGAGGAAGAGUGGGCACGGUAGGCUACAUGGCUCCGGAAGUGAUCGACAAUGAGAAGUACACCUUUUCGCCAGAUUGGUUCAGCUUUGGCUGUCUUUUGUACGAGAUGAUAGAAGGCCAGGCGCCGUUUCGCGCGAGAAAGGAGAAGGUGAAGAGGGAAGAGGUGGAUAGGAGGGUGAAGGAAGAUCAGGAGAGGUAUUCGACCAAGUUCACCGAGGAGGCGAAGAGUCUGUGCCAGCAGCUGCUGAAGAAGAGCCCGAAGAGCAGGCUAGGAUGCAAGUGCGGCAGGCACGGGGCUAAGGAGGUGAAGCUCCAUAGCUUUUUUCAAUGCUUGAACUGGAAGAGGGUCGAGGCCGGUAUGUGGGAACCGCCGUUUGUGCCGGAUCCUCACGCGGUUUACGCUAAGGACGUGUUAGACAUCGAGCAGUUCUCCACGGUGAAAGGUGUUAAUUUAGACGCCACGGACGACACAUUCUACAGUAAAUUCAAUACUGGCAGCGUGUCCAUCCCAUGGCAGAACGAGAUGAUCGAAACCGAAUGUUUUAAGGAGCUGAACGUGUUAGGCCCCAAUAAUACACCGACUCCUGAUCUGCUCAUCAACCAUCCUCCGCCUAAUAACGAGAACAGAGGCUGCUUUCCGUUUCGCAGACAGGCAUGGCGUUUUAUUUUAGAUUUAAAGAAGCAGAGUGCCCGCACAAGGCAGAUACCGUUAUCAGAAUGCCACCUGCUUGAGCUGUCACAGAGCCAGAACUCGGAGAUGCCAGCCAGCUGAUCCAAAAUGAACGCGAACAAUG